CUUUCUUCCCUCUCUUGGUCGAUUCCUACUUUUAUCCUUUUCUCCCUCUCUUCCUUCAUCUGGAAACUGCACAGGUAAGUUUUUGCCUCACUGCACAAUGCUUCAACAGGAUUGUGUUGCUUUUUUAUUGUCUUCAAUUCUUGAUAUACCAAACACACGACGUUGUAUGGUUAGUUGUGCAACUGUUUCAUUCCCUUUCUCCAUCUUUUACCUUCUCCCUCUCUUGCAAUUCUAACUGUUAACUGGUAUAAUUUCCAUUGCAGUGUUGAGUUCAGGAACUAAGUCUGUUCCAUUAAUAUCUGGCCAGUCCUGCUCCUAAGUGCUGCCUUUUCUUUUAUUUUUCUCAGAUGGGAGAGAGAUCACCUUUUCUUCAUUUCUAAAGUACUAAGCAGUUAGAAGAUUGGAAGAAAACUGUAGCUCUGAUUGAUUUUGCAAUGCCAGUUCCUCUUGCUCCAUAUCCAACACCUCCAGCACCAUAUUCAUCACCAGCCAAUGGUGCUCAGAGCCAACUUGUGUGUUCUGGAUGUCAAAACCUUUUACUCUAUCCGGUGGGAGCAACCUCUGUGUGCUGUGCUGUAUGCAAUGCAGUAACAGCUGUGCCACUACCUGGCACAGAAAUGGCUCAGUUGGUUUGUGGAGGCUGCCAUACCUUACUCAUGUACAUCCGUGGUGCCACAAGUGUUCAAUGUUCCUGUUGUCAUACCGUCAAUCUAGCCUUGGAAGCAAAUCAGGUGGCACAAGUCAAUUGUGGGAAUUGUAGGAUGCUACUGAUGUACCAGUAUGGAGCACGAUCUGUGAAAUGUACCGUAUGCAAUUUUGUGACAACAGUUGGAGCCUCAACAAGCACGACUGAGCAAAAAUUCAACAGCUAAUAUCGUUUUACACCAAGUCUGCCACUGUGAAUCCUAAAGCUGCAAUUUUUUGCAGAUUAUAAUAUUUCCCUCCAUGGUUGCAUCUCUCAGCCGGUAGAGCAACUUUCCACGUUCACAUGUGUAGAGUUAUUUUUUCCUUUUCGCGUGACAUGUAUGAAUAAGCAGUUUUGGCAAGUUGGAUAUUUGACAAACUAUUCCAUGAGGAAGACUUUUUAUUUGAGUUGAGCUGGUUUUUGGAUAAGA